CUGGACCGCAGGACCCUCUCUCUCUCUCUUUCUCUCUCCCUGCAGGCCGGCUCCAGCCAGCGAGCCGCGGUUCGCGGCGCGGCGGACAUGGCGGUGGAGUCCUGAGCUCGUCGUGUCCUGGCCUCCAUCGGCGGCGGCGACGGCGGCGGCGGCGGCGGCGGCGACGGGGGCGGCGGCGGCGGCGGGAGGCGGAGGGGGAGCCGGAGCCUCUGCGAUGAGGAGGCGUCGCGCGCGCCUGUAGCUCGCGGGCUUCUCAGUUUGCUUGCCUAAAGUAGAUUUGGAGCAGUUCAUACACCUGAGCCCUGCUAUUUUACAACGUCAGAUUGGAAAGAGUCAGAUUUUCAAAUAAUGGAAGAGCCUAAGACUUCUAAAAACGAAAAUCAUGAACCAAAGAAGAAUAUUAUUUGUGAAGAAAGCAAAGCAGUUAAAAUUAUAUCUAAUCAAACCUUGAAGCCUAGAAAUGAUAAGUCAGAAAUUGGGACCAGCUCUCUGAAUAGAAACAGUAGUAAAAAAACCAAGCAAAAUGAUAUUUGUAUAGAAAAAACAGAAGCUAAAUCAUGUAAAGUAAAUGCUGCCAGUGUUCCAGGCCCUAAAGAUUUGGGGUUAGUACUUCGAGAUCAAAGUCAUUGCAAAGUGAAAAAAUUACCAAAUUCACCCAUGAAAGCCCAGAAGGGAUCUUCACAGACAAAAUUAGAAAAGGCACCUAGUUUACAGGCAAAAGCAGAAAAAGUACCAAAGUCUCCAAAUUUACCAGUAAAAGCUGAAAAAGCGCCCUGUACAACAGCAGCAGCAACAACAACAGAAAAAGCACUUAAUUCACAGAGAAAAGAAGAAAACACACCCACUUCUCAGAUGAAAUUACAAAAGACACCCAGAUCACCUUUAGAGCCAGAAAAUGUGCCCAGUUUACUAUUGAAAGAAAAUGUGAAACAGACAGAAUCACAACAGACUGGGAAGAAACUUACAAGCUCCUUUGUUUCUAUGGAUAAAAGGAAGAGUGAAGCUCUCCAGGGAGAAAAGUCAGCUCUGGAAAACUCCUCACUAUCUCAGAAGCAGCAGACUCAGACAGAUAAUGUUGCUGAUUCUGAUGACAGUGCUUCAGGGAUUGAAGAUACAGCAGAUGAAUUGAGUAAAAUGAAGAGUGAGGAAUCUAACAAAGAAAAUUCUUCUGAGAUGGACUAUUUAGAAAAUGCCACUGUGAUAGAUGAAUCUGCUUUGACACCUGAGCAGAGGCUAGGCUUGAAACAAGCAGAAGAACGUCUAGAAAGAGAUCACAUCUUUCGACUUGAAAAACGGUCACCAGAAUAUACCAAUUGCCGUUAUCUAUGCAAACUUUGCUUAAUUCACAUUGAAAACAUCCAAGGAGCACAUAAACAUAUAAAAGAAAAACGACAUAAGAAAAAUAUUUUGGAAAAACAAGAAGAGAGUGAACUUCGGUCUCUUCCAUCUCCUUCCUCUGCUCACUUGGCUGCUUUAAGUGUUGCAGUUGUUGAGUUAGCAAAAGAACAAGGAAUAACAGAUGAUGACCUCAGAAUCCGCCAGGACAUUGUGGAGGAAAUGUCAAAGGUUAUAAUGACAUUUUUACCAGAAUGUUCACUGAGGUUGUAUGGUUCAUCUCUGACAAAGUUUGCUCUGAAAAGCAGUGAUGUUAAUAUAGAUAUAAAAUUUCCUCCCAAGAUGAAUCAUCCAGAUCUUCUGAUACAAGUACUUGGAAUUCUGAAAAAAAGUGCAUUAUAUAUAGAUGUGGAAUCUGAUUUUCAUGCUAAAGUUCCUGUUGUGGUGUGCAAAGAUCGGAAAAGUGCUUUACUGUGUAGAGUAAGUGCAGGAAAUGAUAUGGCGUGUCUCACAACUGACUUACUUGCUGCUCUUGGCAAAGUGGAACCCGUAUUCACUCCCUUAGUUCUAGCUUUUCGCUACUGGGCUAAGCUGUGCUAUAUUGACUCCCAAACUGAUGGUGGAAUCCCUUCUUACUGCUUUGCUUUGAUGGUGAUGUUUUUUCUUCAACAAAGAAAACCCCCUCUUCUUCCUUGCUUACUUGGAAGUUGGAUUGAAGGCUUUGACCCGAAAAGAAUGGAUGACUUUCAGCUGAAGGGCAUAGUAGAAGAGAAGUUUGUGAAGUGGGAAUAUAAUUCAAGUAGUGCAACUGAGAAAAACGUAAUUGCUGAUGAAAACAAAGCUAAGGCAGACGAACCAAAAGAUGAUACCAAGAAGACAGAAACAGACAACCAAAGCAAUGCUGUGAAGGCAAAACAUGGCAAAUCUCCUUUAACAUUGGAAGCACCAAAUCAGGUACCCCUGGGACAGUUGUGGUUGGAGCUGCUAAAAUUUUACACACUGGAUUUUGCUUUGGAGGAAUAUGUCAUAUGUGUACGGAUACAAGAUAUUCUAACUAGAGAGAACAAAAACUGGCCUAAAAGGCGGAUAGCUAUUGAAGAUCCAUUUUCAGUCAAGAGGAAUGUUGCCCGGAGCUUAAACAGCCAGCUUGUAUACGAAUAUGUUGUGGAAAGAUUCAGGGCAGCUUAUCGAUAUUUUGCCUGUCCUCAAAAGAAGGGUGGAAAUAAAUCUACAGUGGAUCCUAAGAAGAAAGAGAAGGGGAAGCUAAGCAGUAAGAAACCAGUGAAGUCUGAUUGUUCGGCAACCAAUUGUUGCAUUCUUGGGGAAAGUGCAGAAAAAAUAAAUAUGGAAAGAGGCCAACCUGCUAAACAUGAUGAAAUGGAGUUUACAUCACAGAGAUGUAUUGUUGAUAAUGACAGUUUAUUGGUAAAUGAACUAGGUUUGGCUAACCAUGGACAAGAUUCUUCAUCUCUUUCUACUGUCAGUGGAGGCAGUGACUUGAAGCAAAAAUCAGCUGAGAAACAAGGUGAUUUAACACCUUCAGAAACUUCUUUAAAGAAGGAACUCAGCCCGUGUAUUUGCAUUGGGACCCCUGAUGGAGCUGAAUCUGCUGGAACAGACUGCAGAUCAAACUUAGAAAUGGAGAGUUCACAUCAGAUUGUGUGCAACAAUGUAUCUGCUACCUCUUGCAACUGCAAAGCUACAGAAGUUUCUUCUGACCUUGUUGAUGAGGAUAACCUCCCCUCCCAGGAAUUAUAUUAUGUGUUUGAUAAGUUCAUUUUAACCUCUGGCAAGCCGCCAACAAUAGUAUGCAGCAUCUGCAAAAAGGAUGGCCAUUCAAAAAAUGAUUGUCCAGAGGAUUUCAGGAAAAUUGAUCUAAAACCUCUACCACCAAUGACAAACCGAUUUCGAGAAAUACUUGAUUUAGUAUGUAAAAGAUGUUUUGAUGAAUUAUCACCGCCUUGCUCUGAACAACACAACAGGGAACAAAUUUUAAUUGGCUUGGAAAAGUUUAUUCAAAAAGAAUAUGAUGAAAAAGCAAGAUUGUGCUUAUUUGGUUCUUCUAAGAAUGGAUUUGGAUUCCGAGAUAGUGAUCUGGAUAUUUGUAUGACUCUGGAAGGCCAUGAAAAUGCAGAGAAGUUAAACUGUAAAGAAAUAAUUGAGAAUUUGGCGAAAAUUCUUAAGAGGCAUCCAGGUUUAAGAAACAUUCUGCCUAUAACUACUGCCAAAGUGCCUAUUGUAAAAUUUGAACACAGGAGAAGUGGACUAGAAGGUGAUAUCAGUUUAUAUAACACAUUGGCUCAACACAACACAAGAAUGCUAGCUACUUACGCAGCUAUUGAUCCUAGAGUACAGUACUUGGGAUAUACUAUGAAAGUGUUUGCAAAGCGCUGUGACAUUGGAGAUGCAUCUCGGGGAAGUUUGUCUUCAUAUGCUUACAUCCUUAUGGUGCUGUACUUUCUGCAGCAGAGAAAGCCACCAGUUAUCCCAGUUCUACAAGAGAUCUUUGAUGGGAAGCAGAUUCCGCAGAGAAUGGUUGAUGGAUGGAAUGCCUUUUUCUUUGAUAAAACAGAAGAGCUGAAAAAGCGUUUACCUUCACUUGGAAAGAACACGGAAUCACUGGGAGAGCUUUGGUUAGGACUACUUCGCUUCUAUACGGAAGAGUUUGAUUUUAAGGAGUAUGUAAUCAGUAUUCGGCAGAAGAAGCUGCUGACCACUUUUGAAAAGCAGUGGACCUCUAAAUGCAUUGCAAUUGAAGAUCCUUUUGACUUGAAUCAUAACCUUGGUGCUGGUGUUUCUAGAAAAAUGACCAAUUUUAUUAUGAAGGCGUUUAUCAAUGGAAGGAAACUUUUUGGUACCCCCUUUUAUCCACUCAUUGGCAGAGAAGCUGAGUACUUCUUUGAUUCAAGAGUAUUAACUGAUGGAGAGUUGGCUCCUAAUGAUCGUUGUUGCCGUGUGUGUGGAAAAAUAGGUCACUACAUGAAAGACUGUCCCAAAAGGAAAAGCAGUUUACUGUUUAGACUAAAGAAGAAAGACAGUGAAGAAGAGAAGGAAGGGAAUGAAGAAGAAAAAGACUCCCGAGACCUCCUUGACUCCCGAGACCUUAGGUGUUUCAUAUGUGGAGAUGCUGGACAUGUUCGCCGCGAAUGCCCAGAGGUCAAGAUGGCCCGCCAGAGGAAUAGUAGUGUGGCAGCAGCCCAGCUGGUCCGUAACCUUGUAAAUGCUCAGCAGGUGGCUGGUUCAGCGCAGCAACAGAGUGACCAGUCCAUAAGGACUAGACAGUCUUCAGAAUGUUCUGAUUCACCAUCUUAUUCUCCUCAGCCUCAGCCUUUUCCACAGAAUUCUCCCCAACCCUCUGCUCUUCCCCCACCUCCAUCCCAGCCAGGAUCCCAGCCUAAGCUUGGCCCACCGCAGCAGGGAGGCCAGCCCCCUCAUCAGGUUCAGAUGCCCUUGUAUAACUUCCCUCAGUCACCUCCAGCUCACUAUUCACCCAUGCACAGUAUGGGGUUACUGCCAAUGCACCCCCUCCAGAUCCCUGCCCCAUCGUGGCCCAUCCAUGGCCCGAUGCUACACUCUGCACCUGGCAGUACCCCCAGCAAUAUUGGCUUGAAUGAUCCCAGCAUCAUCUUUGCACAGCCUGCUGCCAGGCCGAUGGCAAUUCCUAGCCCUUCUCAUGAUGGACACUGGCCUCGUACCGUGGCUCCCAAUUCCCUGGUGAACAAUGGUGCAGUGGGUAAUUCGGAGCCACGCUUUCGAGGACUAAAUCCUCCAAUUCCAUGGGAACAUGCACCACGCCAUUUCCCCCUUGUCCCAGCUUCGUGGCCUUAUGGUUUGCAUCAAAACUUCAUGCAUCAGGGAAAUCCAAGAUUUCAGCCAAAACCCUUCUAUGCUCAAGACAGAUGUGCCACGCGUCGCUGUAGAGAGCGUUGUCCCCACCCACCACGAGGAAACGUGUCGGAGUAAUGCCAGCCCACAGCAACCAGCCAAUCCUGCUGUCUCAAGGGUAUCCGUACCUCAGUGUCAGUUACACUCAGCAGAAAAAGUGACAUUAAGGAAAGCAAAACAAAUCAGGUUCUGAUUUAAAAUUUUAACACAUGUUUAGAUAGCUUAUUUAAAUUCUAAGACUGUUUUUAAACACUGUAUUAUUUGUAUAUAAAUAUGAACUAUAGUUUUUACUGGUAUCACUAAAUUGAGUGAUACAAAUUUCAUCUAUUUUAUUACCCUAUUUUUAAGGGAAUUUUAUGUUUUGUUUAACCUUGAUGAAUUGUAUAAAGAGAGAAUUUAAAAAAUUACAUUCUUUAUUUUCUAUUAGCUGUAUUCAUACUUUGGUUGCUUCAGACUUUAUAUAUAUUGUUCUUAAGGAUUAGGAAAGGAUUUCAUGUGUUUUAAAUUUGUCACUUCUAUUCUUUACUGAACCUUGUAGUGCCAAAAACUUUUUAAAAGGUCAAAAAAAAAAUAAAAUUACAACAUAAAGAUUCUGAAAUUUUUUUCCUUUACAAAAUACUUGUAUAUUGAAUAUAUUCAAAUUUGAAUGGAAAGUUGCUUUUGUCUGUAUUUGAAGUUCUAUUUUAAGUUAAUAAAUCUUUUUGACAAGAGUCAAAUUUGGUUAAUUCAUCUGGUGUAGAUGUUAGAAAUACAUUUGUAGUAAUUGAAAGAAUUUGCUCUCAGUGACUGUUCCAAAUCAGACUUAGUUUUAGAGAUUCAAAGAUCUUUUCCCCAUUUUUCUGGAUUUUCACAACCACUGUAUAAAGGUGAUAGAAGCAAAUGCUGUGUCCAUUGAAAAUGAAGACUGAAGAGCAGAGCAGUGGAGUGAAUUCCAAAGGUAGCAGUUUAACUCAAAAUAGAUCCUUCAAGGGUUGUAGUUGAUUUAGAGAGAGCUUUCCCAAUGUGCAAGACACUGGGUUCAAUCUGUAGCAGUGCCUUUCCUCCAGCCUACAUCUCCAAAAAAAAAUUUUUUUAAAGGAAAGUUUACCAAAUAAAAGUAGAGGAAAAAUAAUUCUUUAGUUAAGAGCAGCUAGUAUGUGCUAUUCAUAGUUCUGUACUGCUACCUGGAAAGAUGCUUGCCAGUGAUGGUGAUUGUCUAUCAAUGCUUGUGAUCAGUCAUGAGCCCCUUAGUUGCUGGGAUGUAUUUCAAGAAAUACAUCAUAGGGCAAUGUCAACAUUGUUUAAACAUCAGAGUUUGCUUAAAUUUAAAUGAUACUGUUAUUAAGUUUAUUUGGCUUCACAUUACAAUUGACAGAUAAAUAAACAUGAGAUGUGUGCGUAUGAAUGCUGGUGGAACAUAGACUUUUUUUUUAACUUCCUUUGACCAUGUUAUUUUUGUCUCUAGUCCUUUAAUUAGAU